AUGGCCGCAGUGGUGUGCGGAGGAGGAGGAGGAGGAGGAUGCGGGAGCGCGUGCUGGCAGAUGCUCCUGUUUGGCUCGACCGCGCUUGUGAUCCUGGUGGAAAGAGCCGCGCUGAUCUGCUGCUUUGCCUUCUACCUGUGGAAGGAGCAGUUGUUGUGGGCGGGGCUGACCUUUGCCCUGUUGUUGCCAGGGGCGAUCGUGCAGGUGUUGAGUUUUAUGUGGUACCGGGCGGAUGGAGAGCAGAGAACAUAUCACCUGCUCAUGAUACACACACUCCACCUGGGCAUCUUCAAAAGGUUGUGGGACUGCAGUGUGUGUGUGUGGCGUGCUCAGUCUCAGGCUCAGCAGGUGAUGCAGCAGGUGGACGUGGCGGCGUUGCGUUUACUGGACGUUCUGCUCCUCACCCUCCCUCAGGCGCUCACACACACGUACGUUCUCACGGCGAGCGAGUUCAGCCUCGCGUCUCCAGUUGCGCUGUGUAGCGGUGUGUGUGUGCUGUCCCUGUCCUGGGCGUUGGUAUUAUACAGUCGCGCAUGUUGUCUGGCACGGCCUGGUCACCUGCUCAUGCCCCCUGCUGCCCUGCUGUGCCAGCUGUUAUGGAGGGCAGGGCUACUGACUGCACGCUUCGCCAGCCUUGCCCUGUUCGCCCGCUCCUUCGGAUACUGGGUCAUCGGCGUCGUAGGUUGUCAUUGGCUGAUCGCAGUGCUCUGGUUGGUCUCCCAACAGACUGAUAUCUGCGUAGGCCAAUGGGCUUGGCGUGGGUUCAACCUCGUGCUGGGCUGCGUGCAUGUCUUCCUGUUCCUGAACGUGAAGGACGGCCCGUCUCGGUACCGUAUGGCUGGCUUUUACACGGUGAUGCUGUUGGAGAAUGCCACGCUCGUCCUGGCUGCCUCUGACAUCUUCAGUGAGGCAUCAUGGGAAAGCCUGACUGUCCCCAUUGCUGUCCUGUGUAGCUUCCUGCUGGGUCUGACGUUUCUGCUGCUUUAUUAUCGCUUCCUGCACCCAAAGUCCACAGAGAUCUCUCACACUCUGCAUCACGGCGCUCAGGCAGGCAGCGCGUGUCUCGAUCAGGGCGACUCGUCUUUCUCCCUGACGGACAAGAGCCUCGCUCUUCCCUCUCUCCGUCCUCCACUGUCCUCCUCCCAUCCCUCUUUCUCGCUCCUGGAGCACCCGGGGAGCUGCGGGGCGAAGGUGGGCGCCGAGUGCCGCCACCACCACUGGCUCCUCGUGCGUCUGGCGCUGAAAACCGGAGACCCGAGCAAAAUCGAGCGGGCGUUUGGGGCUGGAGGUACGACGGGCAUCGUGAGUGAAGAGCAGGAGGACGACACAGGAGAGAAAGGAGGCGGAGGAGACAGGUUGGACAUCAAGGACGAGGAUGACACACUGGCGCCACUGUCAGACUGCAAGGACGAGUUUGAGAGUGUGAGCGAAGCGAGAGAAGACGUAGAAGACGACGACGAGGAGGCGGAUGUGGACGUCGGGGAGGAAAUGGAAAGUGUGGACUCGGAGUGGAAGCGCAGCUCUCCUGAGGGGAAGUCCGUGUUCGGAGACAGCCCCGAGCCUGAUUACUGCCCCACCGAGUCCAGUUCAACGCUAUACUUCAGCGCCGACCCACAAUCUCCAAGCAGCGCCAGCGACCCCCGUCCGGAAGUUUCCGGGCCCCACCUGACAGGGCCACGCCGGCACCUCGUCCUCUCUGCACGCGGCCUUGAGGAUGACGCGGGUUUCUGA